AUUGAUUUGGAAGCUUGUAGAAUCAUUUCACAUGUAAAACUGGUAAUAACAAAAAUGCAGCAUGCUUUAUCAAAUGAAGAGCAGAAUAAUACGAGGGAAAUGUUGAUAAAUAUUUUGUUAUUUAUUCAUGAAUUUUUGCCACGUGUCUUUAAAAAGACGAUAUAAUAAAACAGAUACAAUCUUAGAGAAAACAAUUGCAGCAAUGAUUUGUUUCCCUCUGUGUUGAAUUCCUAGGUUCUUCAAUCAGAUUAACUGGGUCUGGGUCUACUCAUUGCUCUGGAAGAGUUGAAAUCUUGCACAGUGGUUAUUGGGGAACAGUGUGUGAUGAUAAGUGGGAUUUAAGUGAAGCUGAUGUGGUGUGCAGACAGCUGAACUGUGGGACAGCACUGAGUGCUCCCCAUGAGGCCUUUUUUGGUGAAGGAACUGGUCAAAUUUUGCUUGAUGAGGUGGACUGUUCAGGAAGGGAAGCUUCUUAGUGUCUGGCCAAAGAAAUGGGAAGACACAACUGUAAUCACAAUGAGGACGCUGGUGUGAUCUGUUCUGAAAGCCUCACAAAGCCAACCAUCUCCAUGAAUCCUGUUGGGGAGCUAAACUUGGAUCAGAGUGUCAACAUCACUUGUUCAAUCUCGACUCGGAUUUAUGAUGGAACGUUUUACUUGAGGAAGAUCCCAGGUCAUUCCAAAAUGACCGAACGGCCAAAUACAAAUUCUGUCACCUUCAAUAUCCAUAGAAUGAGCUUCGAUGAUGAGGGAUUGUACGCGUGUCAGUUCAAGAAAAGUGUCUCCGGUCAAGUCUUUAGGUCCCCCCGAAGUGACACUGUGAGUCUCUCUAUCGCUGUGAGACUGCAACAGCCGAGUAUCUCUCUCACAUCUCCUAACAGAGGGCUGGUCUGGAGUCCUGAAGGUGCAAAGGUCACCAGGGGUUACAGAUUUAUCUUCAUCUGCUCCAUUAACAGCAGCUACUCUGAGAGCCAAUUCUUUCUCAUCUCCUCUGACUCAACCAUCGUUGCCACCAAGCCUGCAAUCAACCACUCGGCCUCCUUUGACUUCCCUGUAGCUGAGUAUAAACACCAGGGCAACUACAGCUGUGUGUAUGAGGUCCAACUGCCUACACGGAGAUUUAAUUCUACUGAAACAGGAGCAAUCAGGGUUGUUAUUAAAUGUGAGUAGAAUUAAGCUUAGCAUUUUUUAAUUUUUUAAUUACCAAUUAAAGUGUACACUGUGCAAUAUUGGUGAUGAUGU